UUUGGCCGAGAACGAAAUAUUUAAAAAAUUCCCACAUAGCAAUCGGUUUAGUUUCAAUUUAAUACACAAUUGUCAAAAGGCCUAAAUCCGAACAAGAAUAAAUUUUUAAAUAGCUAAUGUGCUAAAUAUAUUCAUUCUAUCUUCAACGCAUAUUCAAAGUGGGAAUCCUUGUUUUCAAAUAUCCAAGAAGAAUUGCAAACACUUUUUACAGCUGAAAGUCUGAGGAAAACUAGUUAACAUACAAUUGAGUACAAAGAAAGUGCAAAUAAAUAAAUCCAAAUUAACCAAAAGCAAAGACCAAGCCACAUCACACAAACAUAAAUAUUGCAUUGUACAUUCGCAGGUGUGGCAUUCUACAAGAUAAUGGAUGACAUUGCGGCAGCGGCCGCACAAUCCACACAAGUAUCCGACUCAGGAUCCGUUGACCAUACAACGCUUAUAGUGCAACCGGAUGGAGAAGCAGAUUCUAUUCCCAUACCAUCUGUUGUUGCCGAUAAGGACAUACUACUAAAGGCAACGACAGUAAAUACCAACUCAUCCACAACCGUUUCGGUGAGUGCUGAUCCUCAGGAACCAGAGCGAUGUUGCUGGAUUUGUUUUGCCACUGACGAGGACAAUCGACUGGCCGCUUGGGUAAAGCCGUGCCAAUGCCGUGGCACCACUAAGUGGGUGCACCAAAGCUGCCUUUAUCGCUGGAUCGAUGAGAAAACUCAGAAGGGCAAUGCACUGCGAUCUGUAUCAUGUCCGCAAUGCCAGACAGAAUACAUAAUUGUGUUCCCACAAAUGGGUAAACUUGGUGGUGCCUUGGAAGCAAUGGAUAAUAUUAUAAAGCGCCUGAGUCCAUUCCUGGCGGCCGGUUUUGUUGUCGGCUCACUCUACUGGACGGCUGUGACAUAUGGUGCUGUUACAUUUUUGCAAAUUGUUGGCCACGAAAAUGGCAUGUCCAUCAUGGAGGGUGGCGACCCAUUGAUUCUGCUUAUUGGCCUGCCCGCUAUACCAGUUGGCCUGAUAUUAGGACGGCUAAUACGUUGGGAAGACGCCCUAUUGCGUUUAAUACGCAACCGCGGCACGGUUGUUCGCAAGUUUCCCUUUGUGAAUUUGAUCUAUCCAAGACUUAAUCAAGAUUCUGAGGAGCAUCAACAGAGCAUUAGCAAUCCGGUCACACCUGCUUUAACCGAUCCCUUAUCGGCAACUCGCGUCUUUUGUGGUGCUCUGAUACUACCGACUAUAUCCUCGAUUGUAGGACGCAUACUAUUUGAUUCUGUGGACAAUACAUUGCAUCGUACUCUUUUGGGUGGUUUGACCUUCAUUACAGUCAAGGGUAUACUGAAAAUAUAUUUGAAACAGAAACAAUAUGCCCGACGCAAGAAGCGUCGCAUUGUGGACUACACCGAGGAGAAUAUACGCAAUUUCAUGCAUCGCAAUGUUAAUCAUGCAGGAGGAGGAGCACCAAAUGCAAGCGGAGGGGGGCCCCGUAAUCAACAGCCACAUGCGCCGCUCUCUGGCGGCGUUCAUCUAGCGCCGGCGCAUGACCGUCAGCAGGGGGCCAAUGUUGGCAGCGUUGUUUAAGAUGAUGAUGUUAUCAACCAUCCUAUAUCCUAUGGCCUAAGACCAAUUGGUUUUUCUUUUAAGUUAAUUGAUUUUCCCCACUAGCAGACACCCCCACUCCACACACACACGCUAAACGCAAAACGAAUUCAUGCUAAAUUUAUUGUUAAAUGCAUUCUUACCACGGAAUUGCGCAUUAUGGGCCAAGAACAAAUUGUCUUUUUUUUUGUUAACCAAACCAAAAACAAAAAAUUACGACACAGGUUCCCGGUCCCUUUAUUCUAGCCAUAUUAAGGACUUAUAGGUACUUCCAAAAAAAAAAAACUAUUUUGAAUUUAUAUAUUACAUAUAUUUAACAUUAAUACUUGUAAAUUACAAUGUUGCCUAUGUAAAUAAUAAAAAUCAAAUCCUCGGCUUUGGCUGAAUUAUUGAUAUAA